AUGGAAGGCGGCAAUCAGACACCGGUGGCCGAGUUCUUCUUCCUGGGUUUCUCGGGGGUCCACAAGGGCCAGGCGUUCCUCUUCCUGCUGUUCCUGGCCAUCUACCUAGUCACUUUGGUGGGGAACUCUGUGAUAUUCACUCUGAUCCAGUUGGAUUCCCGCCUUCACAGCCCCAUGUACUUUUUCCUCAGCCAUUUAUCCUCCUUGGAUGUUUGCUACUCAUCAGUCACCGUCCCCAAGAUCCUGGUGAACUUCUUGCGCCAGCGGCCAACAAUUUCGUACAACCAGUGCAUGGCCCAGAUGUUCUUCCUGAUGACGUGCGCAGGGUCUGAGUGUGCAUUGUUGGCAGUCAUGGCCUACGACCGCUAUGCUGCCAUUUGUGAACCCUUGCGCUACGCUCACCUCAUGAGCAGGAGGGUGCGUAUCCCUCUGGCAACCGCUUCUUGGAUCUGGGGCCUUCUAGACUCAGCCAUUCACACCACACUGGCCACCAACCUGGACUUCUGUGGGAACAACAAGAUUCACCACAUUUUCUGCGAUGUCCCACCACUUCUGAAAAUUGCCUGCAGUGACACCUACGUCAACGAGAUGGCCCUUCACGCGGCCAGCGUUUUUGUGGGAUUGAGCCCUUUUCUACUUGUUGUCGUCUCAUACAUCUUCAUUCUGUCUGCCAUCUUACGAAUCCACUCUAACACCGGCAGGCGCAAGGCCUUCUCCACCUGUGCCUCCCACUUGAUCGUGGUCAUCAUCUACUUUGGGAUGGCAAACUUGAACUACAACCGCCCCAGUGCUGGCUACUCCUUGGGGAUCGACACCUUGAUCUCCACGCUUUAUUGUAUCAUCACUCCUAUGUUGAACCCCCUCAUCUACAGCUUCCGUAACAAGGAGGUGAAGGGAGCCCUGUGGAAGGUUCUGGGUGGCCAGAAGAAUUAUUAUAAUUCCCCUAACUAUCAGUGA